AUGCCUCGCCAGCUCAAAUCCCUCCAGCCAAGACAGCGCGAGCUCCCCUUCUCCGAGCUCCUGGAAGAAAUACCUGAUGAAGGUCACCAAGAAGCAUUCGAGCUGCUUUAUUCCGAAAUCAAUAAAUUCCUCAAGGAUGGCAUCUGUAAAAAGGCGGCCAGCUCAAAGAAAUCGCUCUGGACGCUGAAGCAUCCCAAGGAAUUUCUGAGUUUUGCUCGCAUGGUUGCUCGCCCAGGCGCGGAUGGGGAGUGGGAGAAGCUGCUCAAGUCCCGGCCGUAUCGAUGUGCCCUUUUGUCGGGUGUGAUGAUGAUGGUUUUAGAAAAGCACGUCUUUUCUGAUCUCCUGUUUGGCGCUGGACCGGAGCAUGCGGAAGUGCUGCGCAUAGAGGAUAGUUCCAUGAUCAAUAUCGAGGGCUUCCGACGUACAGCCCUUCGGGCAGACACCAACCGCGUCUAUCUUGAAGCAACAGGCGGUGUUCCACCUCUGUUCUGGAAACGCGUAGACAAAAUCACCGCCCAAAUCGUAGCACUGCUCUCACCUCUUUAUGUAGGCCUCGGAGAAGACGCGCCAUCUCCAUCAUCGUAUCAGGCGCUACACAACAUCGUCGCUCUUGCAGGGUGGCUCAAUCUCGCGAUCAGGCUGUCUCCCAAGAUUACUGUUUUCGAAUGGGUCCAGCCCGGCGAGGCAUAUCGACACAGCUUUCUCUGCGUUGGAGACGAAAAGACGACGCCUUCAGAUAGCCGUGGUGAUACACACGAUGCUCGAAGUCGCACGCGCGUCAUGAUCUCGACGGCACCGAAAAUCACGAGACAUGCGCACGCAGUCAAAGGCCUUUUCGCUGGCACGGCGACGUACGAGGUGAUGCAGCCGCAUGUCGUCACAUAUACCGGGCUUUACGCGGACUGGGACGAUAACAUUGCGUUCUCUCCGCAGAGUCAUGCCGACAGCAGGUUUCCUUCGUCUUCUCCGAUUGGACUUUUGUCGCUGCUGAUGAACGCUAUACGGCUAGUAGCGAUGCUUUGCCUCGUGGGGGUUUUGGGUCUGAUGCUGUUCAGCGCCUGGGUUAGUGUCUUUGGAACGCGUGGUGAAUUGAUGCUGUUGCCGAUUCGACUGUCGUUCCGAAGUUUGAAGUGGUGGUUUGGUAUGAUUCUUCGAUAUAGUGAGGUGCACACUCAGUAUAGUGUUGUAAAUACUGGUUGGUCGUGGACGUAA